AUGAUCGAGUCUCAUCGCAGAGAUGUAGCUAGGAAAGAACAGGAAGCGUUUGAGGCAGCCGAAAUCGCUCGUCUGAACAGCGUCACCGUGGAUGGGCCCAGUAUCGCCGAGCCAGCGGGUGACCCAGGCUUUGUGGGCAGCUCCUUCUCCAUGCAGAACCGCCUGCUGCGCCCACCUGUGGACAAAGAGAAAGAGCAGAUGCAAGUAUUGGACACCAUUUCGCGUGUUUUGUCCGGGGCGCCAUCUGAGGACCCAGAUCACAAUCGCAACACAACGUGGAUGGCGUUCAUCGACCAGGAAGACGGUACGCUGACUUACUACAACAAUGUUACGGGAUUAAAAACGAAGAAUCGCCCCCGAGAUUUCGAUGGCACUCUUCCAACUGCUUCGAGUUCCCUCACGUCAAAUUGGACGCUCAAGUUCGACCCUACUAAGGGAGCCAAGUAUUACCACAAUUUGGCAACUGGCGAGAUUAGGUGGCUGGAGCCACCGAGGCCAAGCAGUACACCGGUUCCACCGCCAAGGAAAGAUCAAAGCAGCAGCGUUCCACCAUCAAUUCCAAUAAAAAUGGAACCUAGUACUUCCGAAACAACCGCUACUAGAUCUUCAUCGCAAAUCCGUAUUAAGUUGGAGCCGACGGAGUCUCAAUCUCCUGAGAUACCAACGCCUCCUCCCCCGGCUGCCGUUCCCAUUAAGCCUGAGCCGGAGGACCAAUCGCAAGGGGCUGAUGUUUAUGAACCAAGCCACCAAUCUACGGAAGAUCGACCGGAACCUCCCAAGGAACAGUACGCAGCGCCUCCGAUUGGCCAGUGGGAAGUAGUAAAGCCGGAGGAAAGCGCAUUCUCGCACUCCAUAGUAUCCAUAGAGCCAUAUAUAAACCCGCCACCAGCUCCCCCAAGGGACCCCGACAUUCUGGAUGUAAUCCGCGAUGCGACAUAUGAGACGCCUCUUUUGAAUGUGGACGACAUGCAACUACAGGAGAAGCAGGUGUUCACUAAACAUAAGGCGGAUGCAUUGGAUGCAGAAGCCCCUGUCAAAUUCGCGAAAAGGAAGAUUCCCAAGAAGAGGUGA